AUGAAGUCCAGCACGGCCGCCCCGUCCAAGGGCAAGGCGGCGUUCGAGCUCAAGCACAGGCUGCUCCAGGCCCUCAACAAGAUCGCCGACAGGGACACCUACCAGAUCGGCCUCAGCGAGCUCCACGCCACCGUCGACGCCCUCGCCCCGGACAUGGUUGGCCCCUUCCUCUCCUGCGUCAUCGACACCGACGCGGACCAGAAGAGCGCGGUGCGCAAGGAGUGCGUCAAGGCCAUCGGCGCGCUGGCGCGGUCGCACGGGGCCCUGCUGGCGCCGCACAUGCCCAAGCUGGUCGCCAGCGUCGUCCGCCGCCUCAAGGACGCCGACUCCGUCGUCCGGGACGCGUGCGUCGACACCUGCGGCACCCUCUCGGCGUGCGCCAGGGAGUUCGGGGACGGCGGCGCCGCGCUGGUCGCGCUGGUGCGGCCGCUGUUCGAGUCGCUGGGCGAGCAGAACAGGUAUGUCCAGGCCGGGGCCGCGCUCUGCCUGGCCAAGGUCAUCGAUGAGAGCAGCUACUUCCCUGGCCCUGUUCUGCCGCAGAUGCUUGUCCGUGUUGUUAAGAUCCUCAAGAACCCGCAUUUCAUGGCCAAGCCCGCCGUGAUCGAGCUGCUCAGAAGCAUUGUUCAGGCUGAAGGUGCUUCUACAGAGCAGGCUUUAUCAUCAGCACUAACAAGUAUUAUGGAUUCCCUGAAGAGUAGUGACUGGACUACAAGGAAAGCAGCUUCUCUAGCUCUUUCAAGUAUUGCUGUCAGCUCUGGAUAUUUGGUUGCGUCUUUCAGAACUUCCUGCCUUCGAUCCCUUGAACGCUGUAAAUUUGACAAGGUAAAACCGGUGCGUGAUGCUAUUACCCAUGCCAUACAGUUGUGGAAAGCUAUUCCAGGGUCUGAGACUCCUGAACCAUCAGAAGCUGGAUCAUCCACAAAAGAAAACUUUUUUGGCGACCAUAAUGAUGCCAGAAGUGUACAUGAUGGUGGAUCAAGAGCGACUUCUUUUAGGAGAGUUGAGCCUACACCUUCAGCAUCUGUUGUCAGUGGCAGUUCUAUCACUUCGGUAAAGAAGAGAUCCCCAUUGUCUGUCAACAAGAUACCUCAAAACAAUGCCUCAAAUCAGCAGCAUUUGAAGUCAAGUGACUGGCAUGUGGAAAUAUCAGUCCCUAAGCAGAAUACAGUGCCAGAUCUAGUGAAAAAGGGAUAUGGCAGCAACCGCAUGUUGAAAUAUGCAAAAGGAAGUCCUUAUGGAAUUGUAGAUGAAGACAUCAAGUCUGACUAUGACCCUAUGGAUGAUAAACAAGAAUGCUCCUCUUUAUCAGAAGUAGCCAGCAGGAGCUAUGAGACGAAGCAUGUCACCUCUGCUCUGGAAGUCACUGAAGAUGUCACUGAGCUUUGCCCUAGGGCCCGAGAGACCAAGAGCAUAGACUCCACUGUUACAGAUGUCACUUCACAUGGCACACAUACUUGUUGUCUGAGUGCGACAAAAGAACUAGCCCUUAUUAGGAAGCAACUACAAGAGAUGGAAAGGAAGCAAGCAAAUCUUUUUGAUCUUUUGCAGGAGUUCAUGUCGAAUUCUGUGGAGAACAUGUCAGUGCUGAACUCAAAAGUACACAAUUUGGAGUAUGCUGUAGACAAAACUGUGUAUACAAUUACUCAGAGUGAAAGCCGCUAUCAACUUCCUGGCUCCAAGGGUUUUAAGAACCAGAGUGUCUCUUCUUCACCCAGGCUUUCUAAUUCAACACCUAGAUCAUCCGUUGAUGCCAACUUUAGGCCACCAACAAUUCCUCAUUUGAAACAAGAGAAGAAGUGGGCUCACGAUCUACCAUCUAAGGGCAUGAGCACUUGUGUAAAAGAGGGUCAUGAAUUUCUGAAGGCCCAUGCUCGUAACAGAGUUAUGAAGCCUGGGGCUGGGAGCUCAGAGGAAAGUUACAUUCCAAGUUUAGUGAGGGAUCGAGCAUCUGGGGUCAAGGGGACCUUCCCGGUUCCAUUUACGAGUCCAUGUGAUCAGUCUGAUCUGCAAAAUGCAUUGUGUGCUUCUAAUCAGGCUGGCGAGUUUCGCGGUGCUGACGGCAUGGAGCCUGCAUAUGCUGAAGCCCUUAGCUAUGGUGAUUCUGAUGAUCUGAUUGACCUGAUGGACAGAACUGGGCCUGUUCUUGACAAGCUGUCGCGUGAAACGGCAAAUGAACUUUUAAGGGUUAUUGCUGACCAGUUCCUUGGCACAAAGUUAUUUGACUUGGCCCUACCUUGGAUUCAGCAGGUGGUGGAUCUAAGCACGGUUUACAAGCCGAGCCAAGUCUUUGUGUCCGCGAGAGCACAGAGGGAGUUCCUUGCUGCACUGGAGGAAGCAGCAACCAGCGGAUCCACAGAACCAGCCGUCAGAAUCGCCAUCGUGCAGCUUGCAUUUAAACUGACCAAGGCUUGUGAGGCCGCCCCAUGCAGGAAAAUCUCAACCAGAGUAUCCAGGGGAAGCGAAUCCGUCGUCAUGGCCACCGUGAUGUGA